CCAGUGAUUCAGCAGAAGAUCUGAAGAGUAAAUUGUCUCUUGGUUUAUAUAUGAGCAGUUGCAACAUUUGGAUCUCAGGAUUUUAUCCAAAUGAAAAAGGAAUUAGAAGAAAACCUGAAAUCUUAAAAGAAAAUUAUGUUUUUAUUCAGAUUUUGGUUUCAAGCUGGCUGUGGUCUCUUGCCCUGGGUUGUUUCAAGAUCAGUGAAGGAGAUAGAAUCUUUUAUUCAGAAAUACUUCUCUAAAAAAACUUAUCUACUGGAAUAAUUAAUACUGUAAUCCCACCUAAAUUCCCACUGCUUUUUGUUCUUUACAUCAAUUAGGGGAAAACAGACCUUUCUUAAUGCGAGAUCAGAUUUCACAUUGCUACUGUUAGCUCUUAGGUAGCUGCAGUCUCAGCAGGGCUUUUACCACCUUGCCUGCUUCAUUCCUCCAUCAUUUCAAUCUUUGUUUACUGUUGGAGAUGUUUUGUUUGAACUGAGCUGUUGCUUCUGCAUUUAAUUUUCGAAGGCUAUAAGGGAAGUGAUCUUUUUAAACUAGUGUGCAGAGAUAAUCAGCUUAAUCAAACUGCUUUAAAAACAGAUUAAAGCCUCUUCACAGUGGGAAGAUGAAGGAGACUAAUAAGCCUACCUCUGGAGGGCUCCCCAGGAAACUGAAUUGCCUGCCAUUAAUGUUUGCUAAUGUGAGGUAUUGGAAGAGAAUUGUUUGACACUUUCAGGAACAGAGGACUUUUAUUCUGUCUCAUUCUUUGAAUCACUGGCAAACAGAUGGUUAUUGCUAGUCUUAAUUAUGUACAUAAUUUAGACCAGAAGGCACAUCUGAAACAAAAGAUUUUAAUAAGAAGUGAAGAAAAGCCUCAGAGUAUUGUGAGUAAAGACGAGGAUUUCUCCUCCUAUCCGGGGCUUGUCAUGGAUGAAGAGACUCAGCACAGCCUUGAAUGCAUCCAGGCUAAUCAGAUUUUUCCCAGGAAGCAGCUGAUCCGAGAGGAUGAGAACCUUCAGGUCCCAUUCAUUGAACUUCAUGGGGAGAGUACGGAGUACGUUGGACGAGCAGAAGAUGCCAUCAUUGCACUUUCUAAUUACAGGCUUCACAUCAAGUUCAAGGAGUCUGUUGUGAAUGUUCCAUUGCAACUUAUAGAAAGUGUUGAGUGCCGAGAUAUAUUUCAGCUUCAUUUGACUUGCAAAGACUGCAAGGUUAUAAGGUGUCAGUUUUCUACUUUUGAGCAGUGUCAAGACUGGCUGAAGCGACUGAACAACGCCAUCCGCCCGCCCUCCAAGAUAGAGGACCUCUUCUCCUUUGCCUAUCACGCCUGGUGCAUGGAGGUGUAUGCUAGUGAGAAGGAGCAGCACGGGGACCUGUGUCGGCCAGGAGAACAUGUAACUUCAAGGUUUAAAAAUGAAGUGGAGCGGAUGGGUUUUGAUAUGAACAAUGCCUGGAGGAUUUCCAACAUCAAUGAAAAGUACAAGCUCUGUGGGAGUUACCCCCAGGAAAUCAUAGUUCCUGCCUGGAUCACGGAUAAAGAGCUGGAGAGUGUGGCAAGCUUUAGGUCCUGGAAGCGUAUCCCUGCUGUUGUGUACAGGCACCAGAGCAAUGGGGCAGUGAUCUCCCGCUGUGGGCAGCCCGAGGUCAGCUGGUGGGGCUGGAGGAAUGCAGAUGAUGAACACCUGGUCCAGUCUGUAGCCAAAGCCUGUGCCUCAGAUUCAAGGUCCAACAAUACCAAGUUAAUGAAUGGGAAUUGUUCCAGAGAUUUCUCCAAUGGAGGGGACCUCUCUGAUGUGGAAUUUGAUUCCUCCAUCUCCAACGCUUCUGGAGCAGAGAGCCUGGCAAUACAGCCCCAGAAGCUUCUGAUCCUGGAUGCACGAUCCUACGCAGCAGCUGUGGCCAACAGAGCCAAAGGUGGAGGCUGUGAGUGCCCAGAAUAUUACCCCAACUGUGAAGUGGUGUUCAUGGGGAUGGCAAACAUCCAUUCUAUCCGGAAGAGCUUCCAGUCGCUGCGUUUGCUCUGCACACAAAUGCCAGAUCCAGGAAAUUGGUUAUCAGCUCUGGAAAGUACCAAGUGGCUGCAGCACCUCUCUGUGCUGCUGAAGUCUGCACUGCUGGUGGUUCACGCCGUGGACCGAGACCAGCGCCCAGUCCUGGUGCACUGCUCAGACGGCUGGGACCGGACCCCCCAGAUAGUGGCACUGGCCAAACUGCUGCUUGAUCCUUACUACAGGACCACGGAGGGUUUCCAGGUGCUGGUGGAGACGGAGUGGCUGGAUUUUGGCCACAAGUUUGCAGAUCGCUGUGGCCACGGCGAGAAUUCGGAUGACCUAAACGAGCGCUGCCCGGUGUUCUUGCAGUGGCUGGACUGUGUCCAUCAGCUCCAGAGGCAGUUCCCUUGCUCUUUCGAGUUUAACGAAGCAUUCCUUGUCAAAUUGGUGCAGCACACCUACUCCUGCCUCUUUGGUACAUUCCUGUGCAACAAUGCGAAAGAGAGGGGAGAAAAACACACUCAGGAACGGACCUGUUCUGUCUGGUCUUUGCUGCGGGCAGCAAACAAAGCCUUCAAAAACCUGCUCUACUCCUCCCAAUCCGAAUCUGUGCUGUAUCCCGUGUGCCAUGUGCGGAAUUUAAUGCUCUGGAGUGCUGUUUACCUGCCCUGCUCUUCCCCCUCCACGCCUGCCGAUGACACCUGUGCCCCAUACCCUGCUCCAGGCUCUAGCCCUGAAGAUCAGCCUCUGGGCAGGUUACCAAAGACAAGAUCAUUUGACAAUCUGACAACAGCCUGUGAUAGCAGUGUGCCUACAGCCAACCGACGUAGCAGCGACCCCAGCCUCAACGAGAAGUGGCAGGAGCACCGGCGCUCCCUGGAGCUCAGCAGCCUUGGGAACCCUGGGGAGGAUCCCUUUGAUGGAGACAGCCUGAGCAAGCAAGGCAGGGCUCCCGUUGGAGCAGAGCUCUCUGUUGCAGCUGGUGUGGCAGAGGGACAGAUGGAGAACAUUUUGCAAGAGGCCACUAAAGAAGACGUUGGUCUGGAGGAGCACUUAAAGGGUAGCUUAGAGACCAUAGGUAAAGGGGAUGAGAUUGGCCUGGAUAAGGAGAAGAGAACUGAAAAUCCACAUGGGUAUGUCAGUGACCUCUGUGAAAAGGCUGAGGCAAAUAAAGGUGUUGUGAUGAACAAUCCAGCAUCCAAUCCACAUCCAGUUUCACAAGGUGCUUCUGACUUUAAAGGACAACAAGCUGAGCAUGCUGAUCUCAGCAAUGCUCUCCAGAAGUUACCUCAGGUGAGAGGACUACAGGCUGCUCCCUUGGAGGCCUUUGUAAAUAGAGACACUCAGAAGAACAUGGAGGAAGAAGGUGUGAGCAAACUUGAAGGAGAAGCAGAGGGCCUGCACAACCCAGCCAGCCUGCCGUUACCUCUUACAAUCCCACAUGAGGCAAGAACAUCCAACAUUGAAAGUUCUACAGAAACCUUAACAGAGAAUGAAGCAAAGCAAGAUCUCCUUCCUAGGGGCCCUUGCCAUAGACCUCACCUGGUGGACAACAGUGCUGAUGGACUUUCUUACACUAUGGAAAACAGGCCUGAGGGGGAGAACACGCUAGAACUGCAGAAACUGGGAACAAAAGUACAUAGGACUUCUGGUAGCAGCAACACACACAUCCCGAUGCCUUCCCCUUGUGCCUUGCCUUUAGCUGAAUGUAAAGAUGAGAUUGUGUGUAAUGGAGAGCUGGAGCCUGAGAACAAGAUGAGUGAGAAGCCUGCAGGGUUUGGUGUCACCCAGAGGUUCCAUGCCACCAACGGACACUGUGUGAAUGGAGAGGACGGCCGGCUCAAGGCCUCUCUGAGCCGGCAGGUCUCCACGGCCAGCUGUAGUUCUGCACAGUUUCACCUGAGGAACUUGCACCAAAAAUGGAUGUUCAGUCAUCUGGGUAAGCAGCAGGCAGCCAGCAGCCCUGACCAACCUGCCCGAAGUCACCUGGACGAUGACGGGAUGCCCGUCUACACCGACGUGAUCCAGCAGCGCCUGCGCCAGAUAGAAACUGGCCACCAGCAAGAGGUGGAGACCUUGAAGAAGCAAGUGCAAGAGCUGAAGAGCCGGUUGGAGAGCCAGUUCCUGAACAGCUCCUUACGUCUCAAUGGUGAUUAUGGAGAUGAAGUGACUUCUAUACCCGACUCGGAAAGCAAUCUGGAUCAGAACUGCUUGUCUCGCUGCAGCACAGAGAUUUUCUCUGAAGCCAGCUGGGAGCAGGUGGAUAAACAGGACACAGAGGUGACACGAUGGCUCCCAGACCACCUCGCUGCGCACUGCUACGGCUGCGACAGCGCGUUCUGGCUGGCCAGUAGGAAGCACCACUGCAGGGACAUUGACCGUGUUGAUCAGAUCUGGAAUUGUGGAAAUGUGUUCUGCUCCAGUUGCUGUAACCAGAAGGUGCCCGUUCCCAGUCAGCAGCUCUUUGAACCCAGCAGAGUCUGCAAAUCGUGCUACAGCAGCUUGCACCCCAGCAGCUCCAGCCUUGAUCUUGAACUGGAUAAACCCAUCACUGCCACCUCAAACUAACGUUCCAGCCCCAGAGCAGCGGGAGCAGCCGUGCCCACUCCUCCCAGUAGAUUCCUGGUGGGCUGAGGCUGGGAGGCUGUGGGAGCCAUGCACUUUGGAGGGGCAUGGGACACUGCUCGGUGGGACAGAGCUCCAGGACGUACUGCUGGAUUGUGGGAUUCUCCUUUCCCAGCUCUUCCCCCUUUCCUUCCUGUCCUAUCUGUGUGUAUGUUGUCUACGUGUGCGUGUGUGUAUAUAUAUAAUAAUAUAUAUAUGUUUGUUUGCUGGAAGAUUGUGGAAGUGGGAAGGGAACUGGCCCAGAGCCAGAACUCCCCUUUGUAUUUAACUGUCCCACUGCUGAACUGUUGCAGACAGACAAUGUGGAGGAAAGGAGAGGGGGGAUCAGCCCAGCCAGCGUGCGCAGUGUGAGUACCUGUAGCGUCAGCGCUAGUGCUUUCAAUCACUCCUCUUACACUUCCAAACAAGAAACUGCUGUUUGGGAACCUGUUGCUGCUAGAAGAAAUGGGAAUCUCUUUCCCAAGAGAGCACUCUCCCUCUCUGUUCUUAGAGUGGGCUUAGUUACCCUGGCUGUGGGAAGGGGGAACGGCUCCCAGAGCCCCCGGUGGCUCUGUCCUCGCACCCACCGGUUCCGCUGCGGCUCCUCCCGCAUCCCCCGGACAGCACUGGCUGGGGAAGCACGUGCCUGUUGGAGAGGCAGGAUGGGGCUGGAGGGGCUCCAGCUGAGGUGGGGUCUGUGCUGGCACCUCUCUCUCAAGUUCUGUAAAUGCAAUUCAUUAUUUAAACCCGAGUGUGAAAGUAGGAGGCCAUCAGCUUCUGUCCUUGCCCCUCCGGAGGGCUCACCCCGUGCAGCUCCCCGAGGAGCAGGCACUUGCCAUGGUUCUCACAGCCAGGCCCUCCAGCUGGUGCCCAGACUCGCACUUUAAUGAGACUGUCCAAGCCAAGGGGACACACUGGGGUGUUCCCUGGGCUCGGUCUCUGAGGAGCACCACUGGGGCUUCUCGUGGUCCUGGGAUGUCUCCUCUUUUCAGUCUCUAUUCAGUAUACUCCAGAUAGGAAAAACCUGCCUGAGAAUUGUAUAAAGACCUGGAAUACAUCACGGAUUCCCUUUCUUCCUUCUGCCCCAAUCUGAGUCACUUUCCAAGUCACCUCAUUAAAGUGUGAAUCUCCUGAAUGUGUUCUACAGUGAGUGUUGGGUCCUCAUCCCCUUCCCUUCUCCAGAGCCCGCCCAGUGCAGCUUGGCAAGGAAGAAACAGAGAUCCUGCUGCACAGGGGCUUGCCCAGACAAACUUACAGCUGCUCUUGUGACAUUCUCAAGAACAAAACAAUCCUGCUGGAGUAUUUCAGAGUUUUAAAUACAAAAAUCUAAGAAACCUUGGGAAGGGAGUGCUUCCCUUCCCUGGAAUGUCAGAAUCACACAAUCCAAAGCAAGUAUCACACAGAGGAAACCAUCUCAGAUUAUUGGUGAGCUCUGAUGGGGAGAAGGAAUGUCAGGGUGUUUCAUUGGUGACUUUGAACUUCCCCCACCCGUUGCAAGGACUGUUAAGCUGCUGCAGCCUGAGCUGAGGAUUCACAAGACAAAACUGAAUGUCCCAGGAGGCUGGUUUAGCCUGGCAGCCCGUGCCCGUACGGGAACGGGGGGUCUGGUAACGAAGCGUCCAGGGGUCUCCCCUGGCACGGGUUUCAGAAUGUUUUUCAAAGCAUCAGGAGGGAAGAGCAAAGGAAAAGAUGGGUUCUGUGGUCGAGUUGUACCCUAGGAGUGUUUGUUCCUAAAGCAGUGCAGCGGGGGGCUGGGGUAGAGCUGUAGGCAUCACUGCUCUGUGUCAGGCAGCCACAGCUGGAGUGGGAAGGGGGUAACACCCAGCCCUGCCCCCGAGGGGGUGGGUAGAGGUGUGACUUUAGGGGCAGGGGUAGUUCUGCACACUAACAUUGUGUGGGUUUGUGGUGCACAUAGACAGUCAAAAAUAAGUAAGAUUCUGCAGUUCCUAAUGACAGGUGCCAAGAGGUUAUGAUACGGGUUUUUGGGGUCUGUGAUGUACAGUGUGAAUAAAUGCUUGCAGCUCUUAGUCUUUUUUUGAUCAAUGAAGCACUUUUUUUAUUAAUAUUAUAUUUCUUUGUAUGUAAAGGAGGAACCAGUAUCUCUCCAUAGCUGUAUAUAUAACCCUUCUCUCCUAAAGAGAGUAAAGUGCUCCUAUAUUUUUCAUUUUUGUCAAAGUGAGAAGUAAAUACUUUAGAAUUGUUAAAUAUAUAAAUAAAAGUGAAUAAAGUUUAGACUUUUGCAUGGGA